AUGACUUCCCGUCCUGGCCCGGGGAAUAUCGACUCUCUGCAGUCCCGUGGCAGCGGAGGGGCUCCUCGGACCCACGUGCGGCGCCCGCCUGCCGCCUCCAGUCUGCCUCAGCCGGACUGCAUCGACCCAACCCUCGAGGACGAGCGCCCAGCGCUGCACAAUGCCACGGCCGACGCUGCGAGGCCGCCGCCGCACGGAAGGCCGCCGCUCUUCUUCACCACGACGCCGAGCAGCGCCGCCGACCUGUCCAUGCAGCCGUGUCCGUACCAGCCGCCGGUCAAUCUGCCGGCUCCGCCGCGGCCGGGCUCCGUGCAUCUAGGGGAAGCUUCGCAGCAGCGCCGCAUACUGCCUGGCGGGACGGGUGUCAAGGACUCGCCCGCGCUCCAGGCGCCCGAGGUGCUGCCUCCGCCGGUCCAGUUUCCAGGGGGGAAGGCGGCCGAUGUGUUUCCGUGGACGGGCAACAGCGCCGAGGACACGCUGUCGGAGACGCUGGUCAAGGGCGGCGUCAGCAACAAGCCGCAGAUUAUGAACGAGACGAACACGGCCCGCCCGUCGCUGUGGUCGAACCUCAAGAACAAGUCGGGCCUGACGACGCUCUCCACCCUGUUUGUCGCCGUCCUGGAGAAGCGCCAACAGAGCGGCCGUCUGCACGCCCCACACACAUUCAAACCGCCGCCGCGCCUCACACUGAGAGACUCGACGCGGGAGCAAUGGCUGCAUGAUUUGGCAAAUCCGGCUAUCGGCCUCCGCAGGCUCAGCCGUACCAUUCCCCAUGGCCUUACAGGCAAGGUGCUGCUGGAACAAUGCCUCAACAAGAAGAUACCUCUCCCGCGAGCGCUGUGGUUGUCCAAGUGUGUUGGCAUCAACGAGCUGCGCGCGCACAAGAGAAAGGGGCAGGCAGGCACCUUGACAUGGGUCAGAGGCUGGACUAGCUCCGUGGAGCAGUUCCUGGAUGCCGUUAUCGCAUCCAUAGGGCAAGGGGACUGGAAGCCUCGGAUCACCUACUCGCUCCAAUUCGCUACCCACCUGUACAAGGAACAUCUUCUUGAUGACGACCACUUUCUCGAUUGGAUACUCAACUGCCUGGAUGCAUGUCCCAACGAGCGAUUGUUCGUCUGGCUCCUUGUCGUUUCCGUGUCGCACUACUGGAUUGAUAUCGUCUCUUGUCGUCGGAGAGGCAAGCGCUUGGCUGAAGCGCUCCUCAACCAUCUUGAAAAGUUAUACCGAGUCGAUGAUCAGAACCCAUCUUCGGCUGUGCUACAAUAUCUGGAAACUACUCUGACGAAACUGCUCCUUACUCGACCGGCAUGCUUGCUGCUCCCAACUACUUGGGCCAGGCAUGGAGUUCUUCUUGACACAUUCGCAGCUAGAAUGCAGCACCCGCAGAUCAUACAAGCUGUUCAAAGACUUCGGGCGCGAGCCAGUCGCCUAUUGCAUUUUGACAAAAACGUUACAUCUACCUCCCAAGCUCCUGCCGGCCGAGUCCAUCAUCUUUUGGACUCUGUGGAUUACAGCACCCCUAUUCGUAUAGAAGAUCUAUCGAAACAGUGUAUGGAAUUGAUUCCGGAUGCGCCAUUUCUUCUCUCUGUUGUCUUGCAGUGGGCAUGUUCAAUCUAUCGUGGAGAGUCAUGCAGGAUUUAUCUAGCAACUCGGUUGCUCCGCAGGUGGAGUCAUCUUGGUGCAGACGUGUAUGACGCCGUCAUAUCGUAUCUUUGCAGCAUGGCCUGGGCCGAGACUGGCGAACCAUGUACUGUUUUCAGAGUUGUUGCUGAGCUGGUCCGCUCCAAGACAUUCGCCGCUGGUCGCUAUCUUCAGUGGCUCAUUGCUACGGGUUCCUUGAGCAGCGAUCCAAAUCUUUCGUCGCCAACUGCCUGGCCCUUGCGCCUGAUUACCGAAAUACCUCUUAGCGGACUCUCAGACCAAGUACGCACUCUGCGAUGCACUCUCCUACGAGGAACUGCGUAUUCGGCAGAUCUGGAGGAGCAAGCGCUUGAUUAUGCCAAGCACGCCAUGCGUCAGAAGAUACCGACCAUGUUUGGUUUGGGCACUUCGGUCACCGACUUGCCUGAGAUUGAUGUAAAGCGACUCAACUCAACGGUGAAACUCGAGCUCGGUAUUUGGUUACGCAAGCAAGUAGCCCGAUAUGCAGAGGUCAACCAGCACGUCCCAACCAAGGACCCGUCUAUCGAGGAGACCGCUGCAGUGGCCUUGAUCAGUGCUCACGACUUCCAUACGAUCAGGGCCUACCUGGAGCACUUCGGAGAUCUUGCCAUACUCGCCGAUGUUGUCAACAUCACAACAUCCUCUUUGGACCCCAAUGUGCUCGCCUGUGCUGCGGAUACUCUUAGCUUCCACACGAAAGAUUUCCGGGCUAUCGGUGCGUUGGAUACUCUGUUCAACCGGGUUGCGAUGAGAUACGCCGCUAUCAGGACGAUUCGAUUCCCCGACCGGCAGCUCCUCCUCAGCCUGACCAAUUUAGCUCAAGUAGUACCGGGCGAUGGACAACUCUUGCAGCUAUUGAGUUACGACCUUAGCCGACUUGAUCAGAAGAAUUCAAUCGCCGCUUGCUCCCCUGCCUCGGACAACAUGGGCGAAGUCACGCAAACUACCGGAUCGAAUUCGGACGACGAAAUCGAUCGUAUACUCUCGAGCGGUACUAGUAUGGAUCACCAAAUGAUGGGUCGUGUAUUGCGCAAGAUUAUCUGCAAUCUCGAGGAAAAUGUUGCUAUCAGUCACCAUCAGUUUGACAACUAUCCAGCCUGGCUGCAUCGUUUGCGUAGCUUUGACGAGCCUACUUUCGACAUGAUCGUUAACGAAUGGAUGAUUUCGUCCUUAAUGAGCCACCGAGUAGAGACCCUACGACUCGCUCUGCCGUGUUUGGUGGGUUCAGCCUGUAUGGGCUUGUCAAGUUUCCUGGAUACCUUGCGAGCUUGCGUUGCCCGGCUCAAGACUGGACCGCCUGAAGGUGCAUUCCAUGUUGCUUUGGAGGGACUUCGUAUCCUUUUGCCGUCCGAAGAGCUAGUCCGGGUAUGUUCGCCGCAAGACGCUUAUCGUUAUCAACUGGAGCAGCAUAGCCUAUGUCACCGGGCGGACAGCCGUAUUCUCCAGUACAUUGGAGAUGUAGCCGAGCUUGCGUCGUGUACCCCUUCAGCGGAGAUUCAUGGACAACUGUCGAGUCUAUUGACCAGCAAGCCGGUACUCUUUAUCUUGAAGGACAAGAUCAUCGCCGAUCCAGGGUGUUUGUCGAAACUGCGCUCAGAACGCUCGAACUGGGAAGCCGUUAUGUCAUACUUCAAGCCUCCGCUAGAUGCUCUUCUAGACCCUCUUGGUCAUCUGCAUCUGUCUGAGAAAAGUCUCGAGCUGCAAAUACCUACGAUCUUUGGAAUUGCGAACGAACUGUCCCUACCUUUCUGCCAAGCAGUCAUAGAACAAAUCUUUGCCUCAGACGUGGCACUUACUGGAGACUCGACCGAUGCGCUUUCUAUAGCUCUGCUCGGCGCUAUCAAGACCGCUGUCGAAGAGGAUCAGUCAGCGGGGUUGAAAUUGCUCGCUACCUUGGACCACGUUCUCACCGAUAAGAUACGACAGUACGCUGAACGCGAGAUUAUCAAUGCAUCUGCUUUUCUCACGAAUCAUACUGGACUCCAAUCCCAAGAGCCGGGUCACGUCUCAGCCGCUCUGGUCCAAAAGUACCUUGCAGUCCUCGAUCUGACUUCGGGUAAACGAACGGACCCUUCGGACCAGCUAGUAAUGCUUGUAGCGUUGGUAGAUCGACUUAAAGGUGUAGCACAAGCGCUUGGAGACUGUGGUGACAUGGAGACGCGGCUCGGGCCAGCAAACGCCUUGUUGGUCGCGAACACAUAUGCAUGGCUGAAUGCGUUGCUUCGCAUUACCGUCACUCAUAGCUCGACUCUGCUGCGCGAUGCUACACAUCAACACCAAACCGCUCUGAUGGCGGCGGUAAAGUCACUUGUCACCCACUCUGCUCUUGACUUGCACCCGUCCAUUGCAGAGCACAUCUUCGACGUUGCAGUCCUUCUGUCCGACUGCGUCUCCGACGACGUCCGCAACCAAUUCGCCCGUCCCGACAACAGCAGAUCAUCAGACGAUCCGCGCUGUCUAUUCAUCCUAGGAAGCGUCGCCCACGUAGACGGCUGGCUCGCCUUGACAAAACCCGUCAACCCUCCCGCGAACCCACAAACCCUACCAACGCCGCAAACCCAAGCCCCAACACCCAACCAGGCCCACCACACCGAACCUGCAACCUCCCAGCAACGCUACCUAUCCCAACAACAGCAGCGCCAACAGCAAAUCGCGCAAGCCCAACAAGCACAACAACUCCGCACCUACCCCCAAUACCCCCAACACGCCGUCCAACCCCCUAACAACAAGUCCCUCCCCGCACAACUCCAGCGCACUGCGUCUCCCCAGACGGCGCCCUCCCCCCUCCAGCAAAUGCAACACAUGCAACAAAUGCAGGGCCGCGCCAUGCAAUCUUCCCCCGCCCACGCCCAGCGCCUCACUCCCGGCUCCGCCGCCUCGAGCCCCGCGCCCAGCAAAUUACAGCCCAGACUCGAGAAGACGGUCCGUCAGUACCCGUUUGUCCAGCCUAGAUGGGAGGUGCUGGCUGAGAGCUCGGGGAAUCAGAAUCAGAAUGCGAAUGAGACGGCGAUUAGCUUGAGCUUGUUUGGGGCUAGGAGGGUGUAG